UUUGAAAAGGGAAAGAUUUGAGAAGAGAGAUUCCGCCAUUGAAGAAGGAGAAGAAGUGGAGAGCGAAGAUCAAAAUGGAUGACUGGGAUGAUUUGACUGUCGAAGAGAUGGAUGCUAUUGAAAAAGAAGCUCUUCAGAGAAUCAACCAGCAACGCAAUUCCUCUUCUUCUUCUUCCUUGCCAAUUCCCAACGAGGUUCAUGCUUCGUCUCAAGGAGCCAGAAUCUUACCUUCAACUCUCGCCCCUAAACCAAACACUGUCUCUGUGCCAAAAGAUGCGGGCUUUAAGCCACAGGAGCAAAAGGUCUCUGUCAAAAUUUUCCUUCAUCAUAGUGGAGUUCUUGCUGCAAAGUUCCCAUAUAACCAGGUGGUGGUAGAUGCUGUGCGUAAAAUCCCUAAGGCUAUUUGGAAUGCUAAAGAAAGGUUAUGGACCUUUCCUCAUUCUUCACUGUCAUCAGCAGAAAAUAUUCUACGAGAAAUUUCCAGCGUUAAAGUUGAGAUAGAGAACUUAGAUCCUCUUGUGCAACGUGCAAUAGCUUCUGCCUCAAGAGGUCCAGAUCUACGGCAUCUGUAUGAAAAGAUACCAAGCCAUAUUGAGCCAAAGCUUCUUCCAUUUCAGCGAGAAGGGAUAGAGUUUAUUUUACAGCAUGGAGGACGUGUGCUCCUAGCAGAUGAAAUGGGUCUUGGAAAGACUUUGCAGGCAAUUGCUGUGACAACAUGCGUUCAUGAAUCUUGGCCAGUUCUGAUUAUUGCACCAUCUUCAUUACGUUUACAUUGGGCAACAAUGAUUCACCAAUGGCUGCAUGUACCUCCGUCAGACAUAGUUGUAGUUUUACCUCAACCAGGUGGUUCAAACAAGUGCGGUUAUACUAUAGUUUCCUCAAAUACAAAGGGCACAAUCCAUCUUGAUGGUGUCUUCAAUAUUGUUUCCUAUGAUGUGGUCACUAAGCUGGACAAACUCCUAAUGGCGUUGGACUUUAAGGUUGUUAUUGCAGACGAAUCACAUUAUCUUAAAAACGCUCAAGCAAAGAGGACCAGUGCUUGCCUUCCAGUCAUAAAGAAAGCUCAAUAUGCAAUCCUUCUGAGUGGAACCCCUGCAUUAUCUAGACCGAUAGAGCUAUUCAAACAGCUGGAAGCUCUAUACCCAGAUGUUUAUAGAAAUGUUCAUGAAUAUGGUAGCAGAUACUGCAAAGGCGGAUUUUUUGGAGCAUAUCAAGGCGCAAGCAAUCAUGAAGAGUUGCACAAUUUGAUGAAGGCAACAGUGAUGAUUCGAAGACUUAAAAAGGAUGUCUUGACUGAACUUCCGUCAAAGCGCAGGCAGCAGGUCUUCCUAGAUUUAGCUGAAAAGGAUAUGAAGCAAAUCAAUGCUUUGUUUCAUGAGUUAAGGGUGGUAAAGUCAAAAAUUAAGGAUUGUGUAUCGGAAGAUGACAUUAAAUCUCUUAAAUUUACAGAGAAGAACCUUAUCAACAAGAUCUACACUGAUUCCGCUGGGGCCAAAAUCCCAGCAGUGCUUGAUUAUCUGGGAACUGUGCUUGAGGCUGGCUGCAAAUUUCUGGUAUUUGCCCAUCAUCAGUCCAUGCUUGAUGCAAUACACCAGUUUCUUAAAAAAAAGAAAGUGGGCUGCAUCCGGAUUGAUGGUAGCACCCCUGCCUCCUCUAGACAAGCCUUGGUUUCUGACUUUCAGGAUAAGGAUGAGAUAAAAGCUGCUGUGCUGUCAAUACGAGCUGCUGGUGUUGGGAUAACAUUGACAGCAGCAAGCACUGUUAUCUUUGCAGAGUUGGCAUGGACUCCGGGUGACCUGAUUCAGGCAGAAGAUCGUGCACAUAGGAUUGGUCAGGUCUCUUCAGUUAACAUACACUAUCUUUUAGCAAAUGACACUGUUGACGACAUCAUCUGGGAUGUUGUUCAGAGCAAGCUGGAUAAUCUAGGACAGAUGCUUGAUGGGCAAGAGAAUGCUUUGGAGGUUUCAUCUAGUCAUAUGAUGAGCAGUCCAACAAAACCAAGAAACAGCCCCACAAAGCAGCAAACUCUAGAGCCGUUCUUGAAACGCUGCAAAAAAUUAGACGACGAUACCGAGGAACAUCAACCCAGGCCCAAAGUUCCCAGACACUGAAACUAAAAACGUGUGUAUUAGCGACUAUGGGUAAAAUGAUCAUUUGUAAUAGUUUGGUGCAAACAAAUGGUCUUUAGUAGUGUAGCUUCUAGAUAAUUGAUCGUUAGGGCUUGUAUCUUAUAGAUGUUUCUGAUUAAGCUGAUCUUUACAGGUCUUAA